AUGACCACGCACCCACAUCCUCAACUCUCCCCAAACUACCCGAUCACUCCUCCCACCAUCCCUGCCGAAUCACCGUCGUGCCAGCACCAUGAGCAGCCCGCGCGUCGCCGCCGUCUACUACUUCCCGCAAGGCCACGCCGAGCAGGCCACGGCCGCCGUCGACCUGUCCGCCGCGCGCGUCCUCGCGCUCCUUCCCUACCGCAUCUCCGUCAUGCGCUUCAUGGCCAACGCGCACAGCGACGAGGUCUUCGCCAAGAUCCGCCUCGUCCCGAUCCGCCACGGCAACCCCGCAGUCGACGUGGGCGCCGCCGUCGCCUAAGAGAGGGCGAACCACUCCUCUCACGCAGCCGCUCGCCGCCGCACACGCCCCCGCGCCGCUCGCGCCCGUCACCCGCGCCUCUCCCUUCCAACCGGGCCUCCUCGCCACCGCGCCCUCCCCCUCCCCGCCGGCCCUCCACGAGUGGGCAGCUACUGCCGCCCCCUGCGCUACCCAACGCCGCCGACAGACCCGAGCCAGCUCUUGAUUGCAGAGCUGUAGUCCUCCUGGUGUAA